AUGGAGGCCGACCUUGACGAUGGGAGGCGGCCAAGACGCCGUCCUAGGAGCAUUGUGUUUUUCGACCAUGGAGAGCCCUCGCGAGGGGAGAAAAAGCUGGAAGCUGCCGACAAAAUACGCCCAUGGCCUCGGUGGCACGUCAACUGGCCUAGAUUCCACUGGAUAAAAUAUUUCCGAAUCGUUAGAUUCGUGCUUCAAGCCAUAGUCUUAUGGUUCACCGUCUUGACCCUGGGCGGUCUCCUUUUGCGAGGCCUUGGUUCCUUCUGCAGGCACACGCCUCUCAGUCCGGCAAUCUGCAACAGUCAAUGGAUCACAUCGCAAGAACCGGUGCUUGCCAAAUAUAGCCCGGGCAAGACACCGACGACGAAGCCACUCCAAGAACUCAGCAAGCUCAACGAAAUCUCACCUUCUCUCCAAACCCUCGGCCUGGUCAUGAACCUCGUCAACACCAACCUGUCAUCAUCCUACGAAGAACUCUACGCUUUCUCAGACAUCUUCCAGCUCUCCAAAGUCGAUCUCGAAAACCUCGCCGUCGCCACUCAUCACACGCAGGAUAUCGUGGAGCAAUUCAGCAACGAGGAGUAUUUCUACCGAUCAAGCAGCUUGCUGUGGAACCAGAAUGGCAUCAAUGUGCUAGGAACCGGAGUGGACGUAUUCCGAGAAGCCCUCAAUGACAGUUCCACGUGGACUCUGGCGUUCUCCGAGCACGCUCUUCACAGAGUCCCGUACGCCGGCGGAUGGAGCCUUUCGAGGAAUCUCCUGAAGGAAUACUUUUACUUUGUGGGUGAGCAGGAGCUGGCGGUCAGAGAGCUGGUCGUCCAGGCGACAGAGGUCGAUUUUGUGCUAGGAGGUCUUCUUGGGCUCUUCGGACAGCUUGAAAGGAAGCUCGAGCGUGUCGUGGAAGAGAGAGGGCGAGUUUGUGGGAACGAGAUCUCGGAGGACAAGGGCAAGCUGUGCGUGCUGGAUCAGUCUCAUCAGCUCCGAGCAGCCACAAGCAUGCGGGCGGCCGUGCAAUGGUCACAGGAUGUCGUCAAAGUCGCCGAAGCACAUUACAAGAACCUGCUUUCUGAGCUCAGCAGUACGUUAGAGGUCUUGCGCUCUGAUAUGAGAGGGUAUCGCUCGCGGUUCCCUUCAAAGAGCGUGCUUUCGUUGCGGCAUUUGAACGAGACACUUGUCACGGAACGGAAGCAGAUCGAUGCGUUUGUUCAGACGGCGGAGAAGGCUGAGGAGGUCCUUGACAGCUUCGGGGACGGAUUUCUCGGUGGUGACGAAGAGGGAGAUGUUGCUUGGCCGCAGCAAUUGAAAGAUGCCGUCGCGAAGAGGCAGCUGCAGUGGUGGUAG